AAUUUACCAUACUAUCUACUAUAGUAGUUUACUUUCUUUAAUUUUUCCAAGAACCUAUUCUUCUUCCAUCACCAUGUCAUGGAUCAUUUCUAUGGCAAGAGAACCCUCCUCAGCCUAAUGGACACCGAAAAACCAGAACCGCCACAAUCCCCCGUUCACCUUCGCGUCCAAACCCACAGAGAGAUAAACGAACAAGACGUUCAGUUUAGUCCUCCAAGACCUUCAACUACUUCCGAUGGCAUGUUCCCUAUGAUGAUGCCAGAUUCACCAUGGACACUUUCCCCUCUCCCAACCCCUUCACCUUCUCUUCUUUACCACUGCAUUGCUUCUCUCCACCGCCACGAAGGUAACAUCUACGCAAUCGCAGCUUCUACAAAGGGCUUGGUCUUCACCGGCUCCAACAGCAGUAGAAUCCGCGUGUGGAAGCAGCCAGAUUGCAUGGACAGAGGGUACCUCAAAGCAAGCUCUGGUGAGGUGAGAGCCAUUUUGGCUUACAGCAACAUGCUUUUCUCAACGCACAAGGAUCACAAAAUCAGAAUAUGGACCUUCACCGUUUCAGAUAGCUUCAAGUCCAAGAAAGUAGGUACACUCCCUAGAAAAACCUCUAUUCUUAUGUUCCCUUCGAGAGGGAAAAACACGCCAAAGCACAAAGAUUCUGUUUCUUGCAUGGCUUAUUACCACUCCGAGGGUCUCUUGUACACUGGCUCCCACGACAGAACAGUGAAGGCGUGGCGUGUCUCCGACAGAAAAUGCGUUGACUCGUUCGUGGCACACGAGGAUAACGUCAACGCCAUAUUGGUGAACCAAGACGAUGGUUGUCUUUUCACCGGUUCCUCUGACGGGUCGGUGAAGAUAUGGAGAAGGGUUUACACUGAAGACUCGCACACUCUCACCAUGACUCUCAAGUUCCAACCUUCACCCGUUAACGCUCUUGCAUUGAGUUGCUCGUUCAACCACUGUUUCCUCUAUUCAGGUUCCUCGGAUGGGAUGAUAAAUUUUUGGGAGAAGGAGAGAUUGUGUUAUAGGUUUAACCACGGAGGGUUCUUGCAGGGUCACCGUUUUGCGGUUCUUUGUUUAGCAACGGUUGGGAACAUGUUAUUCAGUGGGUCAGAGGAUACCACAAUUAGGGUUUGGAGGAGAGAGGAAGGGAGUUGCUACCACGAGUGUUUGACGGUUUUGGAUGGGCAUAGAGGGCCAGUGAGAUGCUUGGCUGCGUGCCUUGAGAUGGAAAAGGUUGUAAUGGGGUUCUUGGUGUAUAGUGCUAGUUUGGACCAGACAUUUAAGGUAUGGAGGAUUAAGGUUUUGCCCGAUGAAAAGAUGUGCAUGGACUAUAGUCAGUAUAGUGACCAGUGUGAAGCUGCCACUAGGGUUAAGAUUAGGGACUACGACAUGAGCCCGGUUUUGUCUCCUUCCUGGGUCGAGAAGAAGCUUCAAGGUAGCUAUUUUCACAAGGCCAAUGAAGAAAGUGCAAGUUGCCAAUCAUAUUGUUUAGCUUUCUUCAUCACGAGGAAGUGGAACAUGAGAUCGGUCAAUGAAGAAAGUCUCAUAGAUGAAACCAGCAAGGCCACCACCAAUGAGAGGCCCAACCCAGUAAACCCAAUGAUCAGUCCAGUUGCCAGUAACCAAAGCAGGCCCAAAAGAUCUUGCGGGGUUCAUAGAAGCAGCGGAGUAAGCCCCACCAGCGAGGAUGUUGGCCCCCACUACAAACCCAACCAGUGUGGGCCCAAGCCCAGCAAGUGCUCCCUUCUUGGGAUCCACCAUGGUCGCAUACACACUGCUUCAAUGCUGAGACCAUGUACCACUUUAUCAUCAUCAUGUGCUUCAUCAAGAAGACUUGCUCUCUUUCACCUUGUCUCCACUGGUGGCAUUGCUCUCCCACAAGCUCAGUUAUUUGGUGCAGAAAAAAUAGCCCAACCAGAGAAGAAUUUGUUUGACUGGGUCAAAAAUGACAACAGAAGGUUUCUCCAUGUUGUGUACCGUGUUGGAGACUUGGAGAAGACUAUAAAGUAUGCUCUAUUGAGAAAACGUGAUAUACCAGAAGACAGAUAUUCUAAUGCUUUUCUUGGAUAUGGGCCUGAAGAGUCCAAUUUUACAGUUGAACUUACUUACAAUUAUGGAGUGGAUAACUAUGAUAUUGGAAGUGGCUUUGGUCAUUUUGGUGUUGCAGCUGCUGGAAUGAAACUUCUCCGCAAGAGGGACAACCCUGAGCAGAAGUACACAGUAGCUUUUAUGGGCUAUGGUCCUGAAUACAUGAAUAGUGUUCUAGAACUGACAUAUAACUAUGGCGUCACUAAUUAUGACAAAGGAAAUGGUUAUGCACAGAUUGCCAUAGGCACAAAUGAUGUCUAUAAGACUGCAGAAGCAAUCAAAUUAUGUGGAAGGAAGAUUAUCCGUGAACCUGGGCCCUUGCCAGGUAUCAACACCAAGAUUGUAGCUUGCCUGGACCCUGAUGGUUGGAAAUUGGCAUUUGUUGAUAAUGUUGAUUUUCUGAAGGAAUUAGAGUGAAAAUAACAUGGUUCUAGAUGACUAGAUCCCUUACAUCUCCACUGAAAUGGUAGUCUCAACAAUUUUGUCAGUGAAAUCUUACAGUGGUACUGUCAACUCUACUCCUUUAUAAAGUAACCCCUCCAAUCACUGUGUGAGGGAAAAGGAAAGAAAAAAAAAAAAAGAGGCAUAUAUACAGCAAUCCCAAUGUCAAUCCUUUUUUUUUUAUAUUGUUACUUUGACACGGCAAUUCAACAUAUACUGGAUCCCCUCAAGCCAGAACUGUUUGUCUCCUUUACUUACACAUUCAAAUUCUAUUGUCCUGUCUUUUGUUUUUAUUCCAAAAUAUGCCCUCUUUUCAUUGAUGUCUUCCUUCUCCCUUCCGGGCCAAACUGGGAUAUCAUUGCAAACUCCGGUGACUAUAUCUGCCAUUUUAGGCCAUACCAUACCUUAACAUUGUUGACAGAGAGUGGCAAGAAUAAAAUAAAUAGAUGCUGUGUAUGAAA